CAGACACUCACCUGCACAAGCACAGGAACGGAAGCCUUACCCGAACAAAGGAAUCCGAAAGGCCAGAACCAUCGCGCACACUUUGUGGACUGUACUUGACUCUAGCAAAGACUGAAUUAUGUGUUCUGGAAAUUUUGCCAAAUGCCUGGGGAUAACCCUCAUCCCUCUGGCCAUCAUCUGUGUCCUUUGCAACAUUCUGCUGUUUUUCCCUAGUGGAACAGUGGCCGAGCAGAGCAGUGACAUCGCAAACGAAGUCUUUUACUUUGGAGGAAUUCUGGGAUCUGGUGUGCUGAUGAUUUUCCCCGCGCUGGUUUUCCUGGGCUUAAAGAACAACGACUGCUGUGGCUGCUGUGGGAAUGAGAGCUGUGGAAAACGGUUUGCGAUGUUCAGCUCCAUUCUGUUUGCCGCAGCCGGAGCUAUAGGUGCUGGUUACUCCGUUAUUGUCUCCUGUCUGGCCAUUAAUCACGGACCCAAGUGCUUCACACAAACUAACACCACUCACGCCAGUUACCCAUUUAUCGACGGAAACUACCUGACCAAUCACACGCUGUGGGAUUUAUGUGAGGGUCCAGGAGACAUCAUCACAUGGCAUCUGACCCUGUUCUGCAUCCUGCUGGUGACUGGUCUGGUUCAGAUCGGUCUGUGCGCUUUCCAGGUGAUCAACGGGCUCAUCGGCACCAUCUGUGGAGACUGCUGCGGCUGCUGCGGGGAAUAAACCACUCGGAAUGGACUUGAUUCAAUGAUUCUUCAGUACUAAUCAUACAUCGAUAUCUGUAAUUGUCAGCAUUUUUCACCUCAUGAUUUUUAUUUAUACUGUUCAGACGGAUGGUGUUUUCUUCCGUGUUUGCUGUAUACAACAUCUGCCUGAUGGCUGAUGGCUUAUGAAGGCAACAGAUAUUUGAUAUUGUUAUAUAUUGCUAUAUAUAUAUAUAUAUAUAUAGGCCUAUAUAGGCUACACAUGAUGUUUGAUAUAGAUUUAUAUGAAAUAGGAUAUUCAUAUAUAUGAUAGCUUUAGUGUAUUGAUACAUAGGCCUAUUAAAAAGAUAUUUAUUGUAAGAGAAUGUUAUUUUCGUACAUGUAUUUAGACUUUUUUUAAUGAUGAAAGGGAGAGUGCAAAUAUAUGAAAUAUUUGGUUAAAAAAAAGAUAAAAAAAUCUCAGGAAAUUGGUUGAAAUCCAUUGCUAUAUUAGUAAAAGAAUAUUUGACAUUUAAUAAACUCAUGAAUUAAAAAAAAA